AUGCGAGCUCUCAGCAUCUACAGUUUCGGCAUGGACGCUGUAAGCUGGAUCCACCAACAAUGUUCGCCUACCAGUACCUUCAUUGAUCCGGCUGGGUGCAUCGUUUGCUGCAAGAAGCCAAGCGCGAUGUACCGAAAUCAGAGCUUGGUGUGUAGUGACGUUGAUGGCUGGAGGAAGCUUUUGCGGGUGCAGCCGUUUCACAGUGAACCUGCAGGCUGUAUCCUGAGCGUGGUCCAGCCGCACAAUCCUCCAGUGCCUAUGCCACAGGCUAUGCAAUUUAACCACUUGCACUUCAGGCGUGUCUUGCCCAGGGGCACCCAGCAGUGCCAAGCACUUCUGGAUACGAGCCUUGUCUCGGCCGUCACCUCUAACUGUAUCAAGCUAUUGUGCUUCAAAGAUUCUCCUGGUGCUUUGUUGGAAUUCCCACCGCGGACAUGUGGAUUUGCCGUUCUCGCAUUGCGACUGGAGCGAGGAGUUUGCCGAUUGGGCUGUGCUGCCCGCAAGUGCUCUGGCUGUCCAUGUGUAGGCGUGGAGACACGUCGGGGCAUGAGCCCCAAACAGUUUGUUGCCUUCUCCUCAGCCCAGGACGUCCAGUAG